CACUACUGACUGUCAAUCGUUAGAGAUGCCGACCAAGUUUAGCUAACUAGCUUGCUCGGUAACGUUAAGUAGUUAGUUACUCUAGCUAAUUUCUGGCUACAUUAACUGGCAGCUUAAUACAUAUACAUUAAAACACUGAGUAGUUAUCGUUACUGGCUAACUAGCCAUAUAUUAUGCAGAUGUUCCAACGAAUGUUAUCUCCCUACUAGGACCCGAGUUAGCUAAUGUUAGCCAGCUAGCUGACCAGAGUGUGCUUGCUAUUAACUGUUUAACCUCAGUGGGUAUUUCAUGUUAGUUUUGUUCGGUUAGCAAACAAGUGAAGGACCGCGUGCUAAAGUAACUGUACAGGAACGAAGCUAGCUGUCUUCUUCAGUAAAAGAAAAGGCAUAGCUGGUGUACAGUAUUGUCUUCAUUGCAAUACUGUGGAUGGCUAUCUAGAUUACAACAUAACAUGAGGAGCAAGAGACAAAUCUACAGUGCAGUAUGCAGUUCGCCCUAACCUGCCGAAGUUGGCGUAUAGAAAAGUGAAUGGGAAAAGCCCAGGCGUAGUCUUCUUGCCAGGGUUUGCCUCUAACAUGGGUGGGAAGAAAGCAGAAGCGCUUGAGGAGUUCUGCCAAUCACUAGGCCACUCUUACCUGAGGUUUGACUAUACAGGCUGUGGGUCAUCUGAAGGGGAAAUGGUAGACGGCACUGUGGGCACUUGGAAGAAGGAUGUUCUAUAUGUUUUGGACGAGCUUGUGGAGGGACCACAAAUUCUGGUUGGCUCCAGUAUGGGAGGGUGGCUGAUGUGUCUGGCAGCCAUAGCUCGCCCAGAAAGAACUGCGGCAAUGGUGGGCAUCUCUACAGCAGCCGACCACUUUGUAACCCUCUUCAAUUCACUUCCUAUUGAGACGAGGAAGGAGAUCGAAGAGGAGGGGCAGUGGAUAAUUCCUACGAAAUACAAUGAGACGGGCUCUGUCACGUUCACCACGGAGUUCCUGAAGGAGGCGGAGCAGCACUGUGUUCUGCAGAGCCCCAUUCCAGUGACCUGCCCUGUGAGACUCAUCCACGGGAUGAAGGACCAGGAGGUGCCCUGGCACAUCUCCAUGCAGGUAGCCGAGCGCGUGCUUAGCAACGACGUCGACGUCAUCUUACGCAAGCACGGCCAACACCGCAUGACAGAGAAGCACGACAUCAAGCUCAUCGUUUACACCAUCGAUGACCUGAUAGACAAGCUGACCACUUUGGUUUGAGAGGCCAAAACCAGGACAAUGUCCCCGGUGAAUCCAACCACCUCGCCCCCAACUGCUCCACACUCAGGCUGCUGUGUUUCCCAUGCGUUACAAAAUCAAGGUGAUACUGUAGAAAAUACUGUGAAGAAAAUGAACUCUAUUUUCUUCUGGCUGUCUGCAAAGACUUUGGUUAGGAUGUUAUUUACCGCUUCCAGGCCACUUUGGUCACACUAAUACCAAACCUUGGGCCUUCUGUGAAGUUUAUUUAUUCCCACAAUGUGGUCUGGUAAAUUAUAUGGUUAAGCCAUCAGUAAGUGUGUGGGGGGUUGGGAAGGUCACCCUUAUUACAGUAGCCCAUUAGGUACAGCCACACUUUGUCCAUUUGCAAGGAAAUAUUUUCAAAUAAUGUAUCCACUGUCAAUUUUACUUGAUCAAGUGUAAUGGGCAGAUGUGCCUUUGUUGUAUUUAUCCACAUGCUCUUAAAGACCAAUAGGAGGCAGCAAAUGAUGUUACAGUAUUUGAGGUGCUUGACAAUGUCCUCAGCAGAAGCAACUGCUAUUGGGAUUGUCUGUGAACAGAUGAGUCAAAAACAGGCUUUUCUUUAGCUGUACUGUUGUUUCCUAAUGCCGAUUUCCAUGCGCUGCCCCUUUGUCUGCUUCUCUGUAUUUGCUGUAAAGUCUGAUUCUGUUGCUGACAAAACAUCUGUUAGUAUUGAUUAAUCAGUACCAUUUGAUUUUUGCACACAAGGUCAGAACAAAACAUGGACUGCAUGACAACUCAUGUAAGAAGAAUUUAAUCAUUGUGUGUGUUUUCUUUUAAAUGUGUUAUAAUGUUAUCAUGGGGGGGAAGGGGAUGUAUUGUUGUGAGUUAUUUUAGUGCAGUGUCCAGUAUGACAAUUUAGUAGAUCCCACAAAUGCCACUCUGGGUUACUUGCAAUGUUUAGGUUGUUGUUUUCACUCUUGUUGUUAUUCUAAAAUAACGCAGAUCUCUAGAUUUGGUUGAAAAGCAGAAGGAUAAUGUCAUCUCUACCACACCCCUGGAAAUUAGCCUUGUUGAGGAGUUGGCAGAGCAGCGUCUGUUAGCUGACAAAUAUUGCAGUGUAAGCAGCAGCCCAUCUUUAGAGGUUAAUUUUUAGUAGUAAACAUUCCUUUUUACUGGAUAAAUCUGUGUGUGGCUACUGAAAGUCCUUGAUGAUAAGCUUGUCUGCGUCAUUCGGAUUGAUAGGCUGUCGUUAGUGUAAUGUGAUCCCAGAUAAAUGCACUUUCAGGUCUAGUGAAUUAAUGAAAGAGCUAAGGGUUUAGGUCGCUCUCACACAUUUCCUCUGGUUGGUUCUCAACAAACCACAGCCAAUGUAGAUGCUACCAGAAUUUACAAUGUUUUCCAUAUCACAGUAAAUUGUUUCUAUUUCCAUAGGGCAGGUAUAAUGGAUUAGUUCACGUAAACACUACAAACAAAUCUAAGUUCCCAAAUAUGGAAGAUCAUCUGGCUUUUUUGAACAGGGCUAACUUAGAGGUUUGCAAAUGUUCACUGUUUUCCUCAAGCAAGUCUCAUUGUUAAUGUUUUUAUUUGUAAUCAUUUCCAAAAAAAUAAAAAAUCUGGUUUGUUAACAUUGAUUUUAAUAAUAAAA